AAAACAAACAACAAAACAACAAACCAAGCCGUCAGACCUCAAAACCCCCAUUUGAGCAAAAACAAGCCAUCAGAUUCCAAAAUCCCCGUUUGAGCAAAAACAACCUGUCAGACCUCAAAAUUCCCUUUUAAAACAAAAAUCAAGUAGUCAAAUACAAAAAUCCACACGGGAAAAAAACACAAAGCUAUCAGACCUCAAAACCCCUAUUUAGGCAAAACCAAGCCAUCAGAUCCCCAAAUCCCCAUUUGGGUAAAAACAAGCAGUCGGACCCCAAAUUUACUAUUUGGAAAAACAAAAUAAAAACCCAGCUAUGGGACCCCAAAUCCCUAUUUGAGCAGAACAAAGCUGUUGGACCCCAAAAUUCCCAUUUGAAAAAAACCCCCAAGUGAUCAGACUCCAAAAUCCCUAUCUCAGCAAAAAGAAGUCAUCAGACUCCAAAGCCCCUUAUUUAAGCAAAACCCAGCCAUCGGACCCCAAAGUCCCCGUUUGAGGACGCCGGGCUCAUCUCCGUCCCGAUGGGAAGAAAGAGUUAAGAUCCCGCAGGCGCGGGCCGGCGGUGGCCAAUCACACCGAGCAAAGUGCGGCCCUUGGCCCCAGCCCAGCAGCAGGUUGCUCCCCGCAGGUAUUAUUUUAGGGGUUUUCCUGAGGUAUCAAGCAGGGAGACGAUGAACGUUGAGACCUGCGGAGGACGGAGGAUGCACCCCUGGGCUGCCCAGGUAAAUCCCGUGCCACUGACCUGUGCCUCCACCUCACCUCUGCACUGCCAUGGCCACACUAGAGACGCUGCCCAUUCUUAGUGACUCGACCUACCCCAUCCCCGAGAACUUCCGCAGUUUUGCUCGCCGGCCACCCCAACCCAUCUCCCAGAACACCAUGGGGAGUGUAGGCAGCGGAGUCGCCAAUGACCAAGAAUUCGCCAUGAAGAGUGUAGGGACCCGGACGCAGAGCAGUGGACGGCAGAUGGAGGGGUCUCGCAAUGGGUACUCCACGCGGGAGAUCUCUAAUCGCUACUCUGGCGAGGAGAAGACAUACAAGUCAGAGAAAGUCUCCAAUUCUCUCUACAUCAACGGCGACCUGCGCAAGAACGAGAAAGUGAAGAUGGACAUCUGUGGGAAUGUGACCACCAACAAUGAGAAGAACAUGCCGCCUCCUCCACAAUACCGAGAGCCCAGUAACCCACCAAAGAUAUUGCCAAUCUCCGGCAAACUAGACCAGAGCAAUGAGCCCUUAGUUAGACCCUCAGCCUUUAAACCAGUAGUUCCUAAAAACUUCCAUUCCAUGCAGAACCUCUGCCCGCCGCAGAGCAACGGGGUGACAGAGAACAGAAAGAGCUUGAACCAUGCCAACAGCAAUAGCCCGUCCGCACCCAAAAGUGGACUCGACAAGAGCAGCCUUAACAGGACUACAAAUCAAGUGGGGGGUCUUUCGGAUUCAGGCCGUAACUCAUUAACGAGCCUGCCCACGUACGGGACAGGCUACAGCCAGCACGUGGGUCCAAUGAGUGCCUCCACGAGCCACAUCAACCGCAUUGGUACAACCUACGUGGACAAGAACAUCGUGGGAUACAAUGGGAUAUCUACCUCAGACAGCGGGCGGUCUUCAAGCAAGAGCACCUCUUCGUUCAACAGACUGAACCAUCUCAACGAAACGAUGCCUUUCCACUCGCCUUCAACAGACGACAUCAUCCAAGACCUGGAAGACCGCCUGUGGGAGAAGGAGCAGGAGGUCCUCCAGAUGCGAAGGAACUUGGACAAAAGCGAGGCAGCCAUCUUCCAAGUAUUCGAGGAGAAGCAGAAGAUCUGGGAGAGGGAAAUGGAGGACUUGAGGCAAAACUAUGCCAACAAAUUGCAACAGGUGUCCAAAAAGGCACAGCGGGCUCAGCAGGCCUUGCAGCUCCAAAUCUUCAAACUCCAGCAAGAGAAAAAAAAACUCCAAGAUGAUAUGGGACAACUCCUCCAGCAACGAGAGGAGCUGGAGAAGAAAUUUGUGGCUUUCAAGAAGGAACAGGCUGAGUUUCUCCCAAAGAUUGAAGAGACCAAGUGGGAGGUGUGUCAGAAGGCAGGGGAGAUCUCCCUGCUCAAGCAGCAGCUGAAGGACUCCCAGGCAGAUGUCUCCCAGAAGCUGAAUGAGAUUGUGGGACUGCGGACACAGCUCAAGGAAGGUAAGAACUUCCUACGGGAGAAGGAGGAGCAGAUCCUCACCCUGAAGGACUCCUACAGCUCCAAGAGUGUCAACUUGGAGAUCUGCGAGAGCGAGCUACAGCGGAAGAUGAGCGAGGUCCAGGUGCUGAGGGAAAAACUGAACCACUGUGAGCAGGAGGUCUCCGGCCUGAAGCGGACACUUGCCAGCAUGGGACCUCCAGGGCCUUUUGGUGGGGACCUUGGUGAGAAGCUACGGGACCCGUUGGCCUGCGAGAGUGAUGAAGCCAAGAUGCAGCGGCAGAGCGAGGACAGUGUCAACACACUGCGGAAGGAGGUAGAGCGGCUCCAGACCGAGCUGAAGCUGGAACGGCAGCAGCGGGAGCAGCAGGUGAUGGACUUUGAGGAGGAGCGGCGCACGUGGCAAGAAGAGAAGGAGAAAGUUAUCAAGUACCAGAAGCAGCUGCAACUGAACUAUGUGGAGAUGUACCAGAAGAACCAGCUUCUGGAGCACAAGGUGAAUGAGAUGAACACGAAGGCCACCAGCCCCCCACACACUGAGGAGAAAAAACCGUGGACUCCCUCCAGACUCGAGCGAAUAGAGUCCACCGAGAUCUGAGGUGGGACCAAGAGAAUACAACAUAAGUUUUUUAUUGCUGUGCAUGUACUACCUACUCAAGCCAGUGAUCUUCCGAAGGAUAAUACGCUACCGUAGGAGCGGUGUGAAUCUGCUCACACCAAGCUUCACCACCCUUACUCUAUACUUCUGUGCUCUGUAGGUAAAAUAACUGUGGAUGUGCGUUGUUUUUCUAUCAAUAAUGCGACAUCUCUUUUGGGUUUUUUCCUAGUCAAGCUGGUGAGGGUCAAUUGGCUCUUAUGUAAUCUGCCGUGACUGUUACUUUGCUAGAGGCCGCCAUCUCCUCUCCUACAAUUCACCCCUUGUUGGUUGGUUGUUUUGGAGGGCUGUAUUUGGUUUCUUUGGUUUUCCAAGCAUUUACGUGCAGCAAACCAGUUCAAAGUGGCAGGUGGGGUUUUUUUCAGAGCAUUUUUAGCCACAUUGGCUAAUGGAGCAAAGCUCUCGGGAUCAUGAGCAAACUCACUGUUCUGUAUCAAGUAUCCUGUCUAGACGGUGGUCUUAGUGAAGUCAGUGGGAUGUUGGCCACUGAUUUCAGUGAAACCAGACAUAUCUCUACCAGAUGACUCCCUCUUGCCAGCCCACGUCUACCAUGGUUGCAAGAGGUUAGGACAUCCUUGAGGAGCAGGAUGAGCUUGUCCUGGUAACAUAAGCCAACAAGGAAUGAUUGCCCAGCAGGAGCCUCUUUGUAGGCUCAGCAGAGCUUGACAUAUGCUGCGUUUUCAUUUUCUUGUGGUUUCCUUCUGUACUUCCACUUCUCUCCUGGGUUGUGGCCGAUCCUGGGAGCCGAAAUACCUAUCCACCUCAAACUUCAUCCCCCUAUUCUUACCAUAUACUCAAGCUGGCUACAGCAAGAAAAUAACUUGGAAAUCCAAGCUAAUUUCCCUUUCCAAGAGCCCUCUUACUUCCCAAAGUCAGUGUAAUCAAGGUUUGGGGAAGCCUCCAAACCUGUGGGAUGUUUAUGCAAACUGAAGCACUAGCAAUUUGCCCCAACAAUGGGCAAUUGUGCUACCCCAUUCCCAAAUGAAUGAUGCUUCGGUGCACUCUCUUGGUCCUGGGUCUACAUAAAAAAUGGCAUCCGAGCCUCACUCAGGAGUUGCAGUGAGCACAUAUCAGCAUUACCACUAGAUUACAACGAGGAGAGCAUUAGCCUUCAGUACAGCUAUUUCAAACAGCAGCCACAGCCAUCCCACAUGGCAUCACAUAUUCCAGGGACAGAGAUAACACAGGCCUAGCUUAAGAAAAUAUUCAGCAGCUAACUCUGAGCAUGAAAGCAGCCACAAGAAGGGAAAAGGCUUAAGAUCACGCAAGUGCUUAUGCCCUGGCAGAAUAAUAACCGCAUCCUAUAUGCACAGUCACUGAGAAUGGUGCAGGCAUCGAAAACCAGCAUUCAGCUUUAAAAGGUGGGGAAAGUGGAUCUGGCUCUCCCUUUCAUGGACACUUUUUCACCAUGAUCCAUAGCAAAGAGUAAAAAAUGUUGCAAAGUGGAGUUUGCACUGACUGGGCAGUGGCCAAAAGAUCAACGCAAGUGGGAAUUUUGGCUCUUUGUCCUAGCGAGCAGCAAGAAGAACAAUGCUAGAAUAACCACUGGGAUGUCUGGGAAUGUCUGUGAGGUGACUCCAGGGAGAGUCUGGCCAGAUUGCAUUUCAUCUGCAUACCAGUGAAGAACCUCAGGGUGCUAAGGGGCUAAAGACCUUCCAAACAAAAGCCCUGAAGCUACUCACUUUCCACGUUGCUUCCUCAAAAGCACCCCCUCUCCCUCACCAGGUCUGACCUUCAAGUUGGGAUCAAACAUUGUUGUGGCACUGACAGUGAGGUUGGUUUCCCACUAACUAUCACAGAAACCAGCAUUUCAGUCAGUGGCUCAAGAACAUGCAGAGUGACUGAGUUUCAAGGAUCUGCUGUUGAGGAGGUGUACACCGCAAUCCCCCGCUGCGUUAGUGCUCAAGAGGAAUGGACACUGGCAUCACCCUGCGGGACACCUUCUCACCAGAGCUCCUUGCUAGUCCACAGGCAGGGGAAGCAGGGGCUUGUCUGGCCUCUUCACACACCUGCAUCCAGUUAGCAGCAAUCAGCCAAGCCCUCCAGUGUGCCAGGUUUGCUCCACGUCAUCUUUUUCCUAGAUCUUUUUUGCAGUGGUGCCAGGAAUGAGUUUGUCUUGAUGGACCCAGUGAAACCUGCAGGCAUACAGGUUUGUUUGACUGCUGGGGGGUGCUGGACUACCUGGGGGCUCAAUGGCCUCACAGUGCAUCCAUCAGGGGCUGCAGAGCUCCUUGGGAUGAAGCAGGAGCGUCAAGGAGAGAUGUUUCACCUUGGAGGAGGAAAGGUACACUCCACCUUCUUCUUCACUGCACCACUUUGAUCUAGAGUUUUGAUCCAGAUCUGAGCAACCUUGAUUGUGGCCAUUCCCUGGAUGACAGAGAGCCUUGCAGACACCCAUUAAGAUGCUCUGCUGCUGAUGACAGUUUUCUGUUUCUUGGGAUUUGCCCAGCAUACCCCAAGCACUUAGCUGUCCUGCAGAAAGCACUCCCCUAUGCUACGGCGACAUAAAAUACAGAUGGUUUUGGCAAGUGCCCCAGACAAACUGCCAUGAAAGAUUCCUGCUCUUCAGGAAUCUUCCCCACAACUGCAUGCCCUGCUUCCCAUCAUGUCCUCUCCCAUGUGCUAGCACUGUGUGGCCAGAUGCUGGCAACCAGUCUCUCUUGGAGGUGACUACCCUUUGCUCAGCAGAGAUGGAGCAAAAUGAUGGUAGGACACCUGGGUUCCUGUUGUUUGUGCUCAGAUCUGGCUCGGAUGGGAGCUCACCUUGCUCUUCCCAGACCUUAACACUUUUACCCACUGACUGGAUGAAGUCUCCCUUCACAAACUUGAUGUGUAUUGAGGAUCUGGGGUCUAUCUCUUGAAGCGAGAUAGCCAAGGGGUGCCAGACUGGCAUUUUGAUGACAUAUCCUGGAAAUGGCCAAGGAAGCUGACAUCUUGUCUCUUGGAGUCUCAGGCAGGGCCGAUAAAAUGUUUCUGUCCCAUGAAACUCACCCCAGAGUUUGGCCUUGACCAUAACUCAGCUGUCUCCUCCACCUUUGCUCAGCCAGCUCUCGAGCUGAUGGGAUUCAGUGUGAUGUACUGGCUCAUGUGUAAUUCUCCAAGUACUGCCCUCAAAAUCUUGCACAUGGUUAGUCUCUCCACUGAAACAAGAAGUCAUCUCUAAUUUGCCUUUGGUCAACAGCAAAAGCUGUGGUGACAAGGGUCUCAGGUCAGUUGCCCACACAUGGGGUCCAGGGACAUUAGAAAUGCUAUGAGAUACCUGAUACAUGGGGCUGGCCAACGUGAUCCAUGACCUAUGGGAGAGCCAGGCCAGCGGUGGGAAGAUCUGGAGCAUCUCUAGUGGCACUUCACCCAUGUGCAGGCAACUGAGUCAUGUUCCAGGCAUGUCCAUAUGGUUAUUAUAUGAGCAAACUGAGGACACUGAACAGCUCCAGCAAAUUCCAUCAUUGAGGAUUUGGUCUAAGCAGGCUAUCCUGGUGCCAGAGAAGGUCUAAGCAGCCCCUCUUACCACUUGCUGCAAGUGGGGUUGCUUUGCUCCACCAUCAUUUUGAGGUUGGUAGCUGUUGCUGUAAGAUGCUGACCCAGCUGGGCUAGUUCCCUUCAUGCUGUCAGCACUCCUGUCUCACCCUGGGUGUGAACACUGCAACCAUCGCACGUUGUUGUGCUUCACACAGUCCCACUUAGCUUCUGCCACUGUCUUGUGACAGCCGGCUGCACUGUUCUUGCUGUCGCUGGCGUCACGCUGGAGGGAGAUCACCUCCGGGUUUCCGCACUCAAAAUAGGAAUCUAACUGUUGCUCUUAUGCUGCUACGUUAUACGGAGACAAGUGUACUUGGAUGUAAAUAACAGCCCAGCUCUGUAUAUACAAUGAUUAAAUGAAGAGACAAGAAAGCUCUGUGGCUUCUAUAUUGGUAAGCGGGAUUGAUAGUAGCAGCAGAUGCUGCGUUCGGGCGCUGAGCGCUACAUGGAGAAUGCUCAGCACGCCCUGAGCUUUCACUGGCUGCAGUGGAAAUGGUGGGUGUUUGGCACCUCCCAGGAAGGCAAUCCACUUGGGACUGGCUCUGACAGAGCAGCCUGGUGUCCCUCCGUCCUGCUUCAAUGUUUGCUGUCAUCCUGAGCCAGGAUUUGCAAUUGUCCUCUGGUUAAGGCUGCACUGUAGUUCCCUCUGCCCCUCCUUGUGUCCCCCCAAAACCCCUCGCAGACAGUGGCUCCCAGCAGUGUCCCCCUUCGGUCCUGCUGCCCAUGAGCUCUGCCCACGGAAAGGACCAACGCACCCCACUCCUGCCCCUCACAGUGGCACUUUAUAGCUUGCUCAAGACAGUAAGCUCAAAAGCAACAUGACCAAAGAUCUCUGGAGGGAUGCACGCUUGGAGCUGCCUCCUGGCUUUCCUGGGUAGUGAUGAGGCCAGUGUGGACAGGGAAGGGGGAACAAGAGCUGGCAGGGGACAGUCAGGGCUUGGAUUUCCCUACGUCCCACCUGGGAACACGUGCAAGGCCAUGAGGAGCCUCUCCUGUGCUAGACAGGACAGCGUAGAAAAGAGUUCUUGGUAGAGUUGAUUGUCUCCAGUUGGUUAGACCAGUAUCCUCCAUGGCUGUGCCAACUAGCUCCAUGCAUUGCUCAGGGAGAGUGUGGACCAGGGGCUGUUCCCAGGAGGUAUAAUGGACAGAUGCAACUCCCCUUUUUUCUUGGGAAGAAGAGAGGAUGCAUGCCAAGCCACUACACUUGUCUUCAGGGCCACAGGUCUCCUCUACUUUAGCAGCAGAUGUUGCUACAGGGUCCAGUGAAGGGCUUGUUCUGGCUCAGUGUGAACUGGCCAGGAAAAAUGUGUAUCCUGAGAGCUGGUGGUCCUGCUGGCUGCCUCUUUGGCGUCCUCUCCCCAGCUCACCACAGGACAUCCUCAGCACCCUCCUUACCACAGAACCAUCUUCCGAGGUGAAGGCACCUUGGUCUUUGCAUCUCGUGCUUGGGGUGCUGAAGGCAUCUCUGCCUACCUUAGCUCCAUGAAGGCUCCUGAACCUGGUGCCAGCCUUGGCAAGUGAAGCAUGGGACAGUGGGACAUCUGUGCUCCCCUGCCCACAGUGGUCCUGUGGAUGGUGCUCAGGUGGGUCUGGGCCUUGAGCACGUACCACCCCUUCACCAUGCCUCUGUACCUGAAAUGUGCUAAGCCUUCUCUGCUCCAUUCCUAUCAAGACCAUGAAAUCCUGAUGAUGUGCAGUGACAGUCCUCACUUCUGCCCUGGAUGGGAGUGGGUCCAAGUUGCCGUUAUUCUAACCCAACCUUUCAGCCUAAGCCUUGAAAGCCACUUUCUAGAGUUACUUUUCAUCAAGACCCCCUGCUAAAGAUCUGUUCAUCAUGUUGCCUGUGCCCUGCUUCUCCUCCGUCCCAGCUCUCCAGACUACCCUGCCUUCUUUUAGAUCAUCACCACCCACACCGUCCUAGGAGUAGUCAGUGCCUCUACCAGUACUCUGACAGAUAUGUCUGACCAAGCUGGAGCUGAAGCCCAAAGCCCCCACUGAGAGUGACAUGUCCUGACCCUGCCCUCAGAGGAGCUUUCUAGACUACUGAUUUUCUUCUCUCUGUCAUUCCCAUGUCAGAUAGAUCAGCCAUGCUUUAUCUCCAUGAGCAAUCUUGCUUUUUGCUGAAGGACAACCCCAUGGCUUGCAGUCACUUGAGAUGACUGCAUGGGGUUUCACACCAUCCCACCACCACAGUCAGCCAGCUCUGGGGCUUCCCUGGUCCUUCCACCCUCUGGAAAGACUAGGAUGUGAGGGGUGUAUGAGUAUCCCUGGUGUGUAGGGGCACUCAGCACCCAUGCCACCUGGUUCCCUGUGUACCAAGGGGUUGUGAUCACAUCCAGCUGUUUGCAGAUGUUGGCUUCCCAAUAGGAUUUUCCAUGCUGGCAGUGCAACUGUCAGAAACACCAGAAAUGAGCCUCUGCAUUUCCAGGAGAAGCCUGCUUCCUGGUUCUCCCAAUGAAGGGGAUUGUGUCAGGUCUGGAGCCUGGGACAACCACAGGGUUGUGUUUUCAUGGCUCUUUUACAGAUCUGUUUUCUCAGGCAGAAAGUUUUUGCUUUCUGUCUCAAAGCAAUAGGUUUUUCUAGAGAGAUUUAAAAGGGACUAUUCCCAACUCUGAUACCUGCAGGCAAGCCAAUGUUCCCUUGAAUACCUUCAUAGCUCCAGCCCUGGGCUCUCCUCCUUCAGAAAGGGAUGAGACGUCCAGUCUGGCUCCAAAUAACCAACAGUUUGAGCUUGGCGAUACCCAUUCGCCCAGAGAGCCUGAAGCUGCCCAUAUCCAGCAGGCCACCAGUCUGGGUCCCAGGAGGUGCGGUCCAUCCCCCUCUGUGCCCAUCCCAUGACUGUUACUGGGUCCCUGCAGCAGGUCUUCUCCAUUAGCUCACCCACAUGGGAGCCGCUGGGUCCCCUGGGGCAUCUGAGCUCACUGAGUCACAUUCAGUGACAGCUAGACACCAGUGGGAGACCAUGGCGCUGGCUCUGCCGUUCCUGAAAGCCAGGCUGUCCUAGGAGCCCUCUCAGAGCAGAAGGUCGCCUUUCCCCCAUGGGUUGCAUGUGGGUUCCCUUCCAGUGGCCGAAGGGAGCAAAACGUGCACAGGCAGAGCUCCAUCACCGGUGCAAAAGUGUUCCACCACCGGUGCAAAAAAAAUGCUGCACAACCGGCCAAUGUGUCUAUGCAGUCCCUUUCCAUGCAGCGGUGUCCCCGCAGAGCCCAGCCCAGGGCUGGAGCUCCUCCAAGGUGUCUUCGUUUGCACUCACUCGGACCUGGUAAACGCUGUGAGCCGAGAGGAAUCCCUCUUGGUCUUUGCCUUGCACCGGGCAGUACGCUUGUGAGGGUUUCCUCAUCCGAAAUCGAUGCACGUUGCUUAGUUGCCUGUCUUCUGCGUCUGUUCUCCAGCAGAUCAAUAGGUGUCCCCCCCAAAACCCAGCUCCCCUAUGGGAGAACGUCAGGUUGGGCCAGCCGGCGCCCCCGAGCAAGCCUGCUGUCUGAUUUCACCAGCAAUAAAAGCCCCGCGGAGGAGCGGCCAGAGCUCUCCGCCACCGCUCCACCGCCAGGUGAGCUGCAGGCUGUGUCUGUGUGUAGGACCUCUGCAUUAGACCCUUCGUCCAACGUUUUGGACCUACCCGACUGUAAAUUCAGUCCCAGACUUGUGCUUUCUUUCCUCUUGUUCGUUUCUUGAUGCCUCGGUCUCUCUCUGCUCUUACUGUGAAUUCAAACCAGAAGUGUUCUGAACUCGAUUGCGUUACUGUUUCGUUUCUGCGUUGACUGUUGCUGGUUCCCUGAACUGCGUUUAAUGAGACUUUGCAAAAAAUAAAAUAAAAAAACUUAAAAAAAUUAUAUAUAUAUAUAUACACACAUAUAUAUAUAUAUACUUAAAAAAUAAAAUAUUUAAAAAAGAACUCCGUAAGGUUGGGUGUCUCUCCUGUCCACCGGUCACUUCCAAACACCGUUGUCUUGACUCUGCCUCUGGUCAGUGUAUUUAAACACAAGAGGUUGAAAAAGAAAGAGAUAAAACGCAGCAUUCUGGGAUUUUUGUACAGCAAAGGUGUAUCCAUUUCAGAAAUUCUCGUUAAAACUAUCCCACACUUCCCAAACUACUGCUAGUCUGUUGUAUGUUUCCAUUGGGUUAUCAAGAUGUGAAGAGCUACUGCCUUUGCGAUUUUCUACAGUGAAUAUAUAUAUAUAUCUGUACAGAGGUAUGUAUAUAUAUAAAUAUAUAUGAAGAUCUAUAUGUAUACGUAUCUCUCUCUCCUAUCUCUACCUGACUGUGAAGGAUUUUUAUUGGGCGAAAUAAAAUGGAGA